AUGACUUCCCAGCAAACCAUAGACGAGUGGGACGCGCGCGUCAACCAGAUGAACGCAAGCAUCGACCAGUGGAAAGCACACAUCGACCCAAGCCUGAAUAGCACCGGCUUUGACUUGCCCGAGUUCGAUUUCGGAUUCAGAUCACACCAUUUCAAUGACGGCACCACAGCCCCUGGUCCUCAAGACUCCCAUCUCUGGGAUAAUACCACCGCCCUUGACCUAGAAGAUCUUUUUGGGGGCGAUGCCACAGCCCCUGGCCCUUCGAAUCCCCUGCUCGAGCGACAGCAGACGCCGGCCCUUACGUUCCCCACGCCUCCAUCCAUCUCAACCGCCACUCUCUCCGAAUCUCAACAUGAGCAGCCGGACUCUGGCCUUACUAUCGAUGAGAUAUUGCUAAGGGAGCUGGACCAAGACCUCAGUCUCCCGUCACGGAUAGAGCAGCAGGCUGAGACCCUCACUCGUCCGGGCUCUCCUCAACAAGAGCAGCUGGACUCUGUCCUUACUAUCGAUGAGAUCUUGCUGAGGGAGCUGGACCAAGACCUCAGUCUCCCAUCGCGGAUAGAGCAGCAGGCUAAGACCCUCACUCUUCCGGGCCCUCCUCCUCCACCAGCCACCGCUCUCCCGUGGCCUAUGAAAGGGCAGACAGAUCCUUUCCUCUUCACCCCCACGGAGCCUUUGGCAGAGCAGCAGGCACAAGCCCUCACUCAUGCCAGGCCCCAAACAUAUACUCUUCCGAGCACCCCCUCUCUACCAGCCACUGCCUUCCCGGCUCCACCACAGUCGCCCGCCGCUGCCAGCAGCAGCAGUAGCAGCAAAAACAACAAGCGCAAGGCCAACAGCGCGGGCCCGUCACCGGCAGACGCACCUAAGAAGAAGCGUAGAGUGCUCAGCGCCAACAACACCUGCGCCGAGUGCCGGCGCAAGAAGAUCGCAUGCAAGCCCGCCCAGGAUGACAGCGGGCGGUGCGCCGGCUGCGUCAAAAAGGGGGUCGCGUGCGAGCGCAAGGGCCUCGACGGCCGCACCCACAAACACAACGCCGCCACCUUGGCCGACGAGGUCGCCGCCUUCAAGCGGGCCGCCAUGAGCAUCGUCUACCUCAUCUGGCUGUGCCGCACCGGCCGCCUGCACCCGCCCAUGCUCAGUACAGUCCGCGGCAUGCUGGAGACCUGGGGCCCGCACGUCGCCUGCUCCUCGGCGGCCGGCCUGGCCGGAGAAGGGGGCCCGGACGCGGUCAUGGCCUGCGUCGAGGGCGCCGCCGCGGACGGCUCCGGCACGUGGCCGACGUUCGUGCAGGACGCGCACGGCGUCGCGCAGGACGAGAGCGGCGGGGUCAAGCUCACGGACCGCCGUCGCGGCCUCGAGGUCUUCCGGACACAGGCCCGCGACUUCCUCCUGCGGCUGCGCGCCGUGCUGGCCGCCUGCCUCGGCGACCUCCCCGAGGGGCUGCCCCAGGGCGCGCUCGUCGCCGUCGGGCAGGUCAUCUGGCCCUACAUGCAUGACCGCCCGACCAGCGAGCUGCUCGCCCGCUUCGCCGAGGACACCCAGAGCUGCCUGGACGGGCCGGAAUGCGCAGGCCACCACAACUGGGUCCUGUUCGCCAAGGGUGUCAUGGAAAAGGCCCGCAACCUUCGGUUCAGGGAGAACGGCGAGGUGAAGGAGCUCGCGGAGCGGGAGUGCUUCGCUGGCUUCGGGAGGUGGGCCGACGUGGAGAGACUCGCGGCGGAGCAUACAAAGCUCUAG